GGCUGAUGAGACUCCCGACGAUCGCAAGUCCCUCUGGGCGUUCUGAGCGCGAGGGGUCUGGCGCUUUGAGCAAAACUACAACUCGAUCUCUCGGAGCUCCCGCCGGGCGGCGCGCGCGAUGGCCUCGGGGCUGCAGUGGCAUUGUGGGCAAUGCGGCUGCCGCAACAACGAGGGGCGCGCUCGGUGCCGCCAGGCGGGCUGCGUGGGGCAGCGACCGGGCAAGCAGCCGUCGACGUGGGAGUCGUCUCCGCGCGGCCGCUGGGCUGACGGCCCACCUCCCGGCAAGCAAACGCCGUGGCAUGUGCGGUUGGUCGAGCCGAGGCGUGCUGGGCGGCGCCGCGGUGGCGGCGGCGGCCAAGCGGACGGCUCGGGCGGCGGCGGCAGCGGGGGCGGCAAGGCCUGCUCGGACGAGAAGCUGGACGAGAUGGUCGCCUACGACGAGCAGCAGUGGGAGCACGUCAAGCCGUGGUGCCCCAAGAGCGUACAGGACAAGGUGGAGCACCGCAGGCGGCUCCGCGCGGUCGGCGGCAAGCUCUCGCUGGACGGUUCGAAGCUGGCGGCCAAGGCAGACCAGGCGGCGAAGGCGGUGCUGGCGGCCCAUGCCAAGUGCGACAAGGCCAAGGAGCAGGCGUCGCGCGCGUCUCAGGCGCUGGGCGCGGCGCAGGAGGAGCUCGAGAAGAAGAAGAAGGCGGAGCUGGAGCGGGCGCAGGAGGAGGUCAAGAAGGAGUACUGCGCUCCCAGGGCCUCGGUCCGUGCCGUCAUGGAGAAGGUCAAGCUGGUGCAGACGAACUCGACGGGCAAGAGCUCGGACGAGAUGUUGGCGGAGGCCUGGAAGCUCGUGCACGAGGUCCUGGAGGUGGCGACGGCUGCCAGCGGCGGUGCGAGCCCGAGACGGCGCCCCCUGCCGAAGGCGCGCCCCAGGCCCCUCCGCCUCCCGAGCAGCCCGGCGCCGGCGGCGGCGGAGCGGGCGGCCCCGAGCCCGCCUCUGGCGGCGCGGCGGCAGCGGACAUGGAUCAGAGCGCGUUCCUGGGUGAGUUCUCCAAGGGUGACCCUUUUGGCUUGCUGUCUGUCGUGGCUGACGACGGCGAGCGCAAGCGCGCCAUGGAGAGCCUCGCCACGCUGGCCGAGAUCGCUAAACGGCGGCGGACAGGAACACAAGACGGGGACGAUGCUGCCCCACGGAGGUAGGCACUGGCGCUGCCUCUCCGUGAACGCCACGGCGUACUCGUCGUUCGAGACCCAUCUCGAGCGGCGGGACCUCCGCCUGGCGGACCUGGCGCGCGUGCAGGAGACACACCUUGGAGAGGAGCGCGGGCGAGAGAUGGAAGGACAGCUGCAGCGGCUGGGCUGGCAUGCCCGCGCCACCCCUGGGAGCGGGGUUCGGCCAGGCCACCCUGGCUCUGGCGGCCUGCCGAUGAUGGCACCGAAGCGCCUCGCCGUGGGCAGCUUUGAGGGCGACGCCCCCUCCGCUGUGGUGCCAGCGCGCGCGGCGGUGCUCCGCGUGAACGCGGUCUGCCCGGGAGGCAUAGCGUGGGGCAAUGUGUACCUGCUUUCUGGCGUCGGUCUCUGCCAGGAGAACCUGGGCGCCCUGGGCCGCCUGGCCGAGCGGCUGGUCACCCUCGGCAAGCCCUUUGUGGCGGCGGGCGACUGGAACCUGGAGCCGAGCGAGCUCGCCGACAGCCCGUUCCUGCGGCGCGUGCGCGGCGCCGUCGUCGCCCCUGCGCGGGGGACCUGCGAGCCCGCGCUGCGGGUGCUGGACUACUUCGUCGUGUCGCAGCAUCUCGUGAAGGCGAGGGGGGAGGUGCUGCGGGGCUGGGCGGUGACGCCGCACUGGCCCGCGCAGCUCACCAUUCGCAGCGGCGACAUCGACACGUGGGCGCGUGUGCCGAGCGGCCGGCGCGAGCCAAGGUGGCGGCCUCGGGUUCCGACGAGGCCUGGCAGCACUUCAUCCGCUGCGCGGAGCCGCAGCUGGUGGGCGCGCGCGGGCUGACGGGGGACACCAGCGGCUACCUUGGCCGAGCGGACGGGGUCUCCUUCAGGUGGAAGAGGGAUUGCACGCCCUCCCCCCCGCGGUUCCCGCGGGCUUCGACCGAGGCCACCUGGUGCAAGCAGGUAGGACUGGCGCCGCGGCGCGCGGCAGGCGGCCUUCCUGCCCAUGAGGGCAUGGGAGGAGAGGCUGGAGCCGCGGGAGGCGGCCCGGGCGGCCUGCCAGCCGCGGAGCUGGGCGGCGCCAGGGAGGCGCUUGGGGGCAGCCCCGUGGACGGAGACGCGGAGACGGAGGCUUCGGGCAUCAGCUGGCUCCGUAGGCUCCCCGACUACUCUGGCCUCGGCACGUUUCGGCCGCAGGGAGCUGACGGCCCUGGGGGGGCCGACUGCGGCCCUGGCGCCGCACCCGCAGCGCCCCAGAGCGCUGCCCCAGUGGCGGCUGCGCCUCCAGACCAGCACCCUGGGCCCCCCUCCCAUGUGGCAGCGCCCGGUUGCCGCCCGCCCGGCCUCGGCGGUAACCGUGGGACCCGGUGGGCCCGAAGUGGCGGCGGAGCUGGGUUGCCGCCCGGCCCUGGCGGCAACCGGGCGCCCCGGCGAGCCCGGGGGUGGCGGCGGCAAUAGGUUGCCGCCCAGCUCCGGCGGCAACCGGGGGCGCCGUCGGGCCGGGGGGGGCCCAAGGGCGACCCCGAAUGCUACAGACAGCCGCGGCCUACAGCGCGCAGCAG